UCUUCUGAAAAAUUCUGUGCUCCUGUUUUUCUGUUUUUCUCAGUCAGCAUCAUGAUGUAGCGGUCAGAGCUGAUGGUAUGCCCAGGUUCCAGGAAAUCCCAAACAGCGGCAACUCGCUUUGCGCUCUUCCCUAACUCCAGCGUGCUUGCACCACAAACGUACUGCAUGCAAGACCCAGAGGUGAUCAAAAUAAAUGGAAGCACAGUGAAGUCUGAGAAAAGCGCAGGGUGGAAAGGUCUCUCCAGAAGAUCACUAUCCAGGCUGCCAUGUGAAACAAGCACAGAAGGUACUCAGCCUAAGCCCCAGCUCUUCUAAAGCUCUUUGACUUCAGUAAGAUUAAUCUAAUAUUCACCGACAGAAUAUCGGACUCAAAGAUUAGAGGCAAGAAAAGCUUCAUUCACAAAGGGAAAUGCAAUACUCCCCGCUCAGGUGAGUGAAGGGAGAAAGAGAAAAGAGGGGUAAAAAGAAAGCACUCAUUACACUAGCAAAUCUGUCUGUUAAAAUUGCUUGCAGUUACUUUCAUGACAUGUCCCACUCCAGCUCCUAAGCCAAUACCGGCAUUUCCUACAAUAUAAAAACUUCACAAACGUCUUCAGAAAAUCUUUGUUUCACCAAACCUUCUUUUUUCCAUAGAAGCCUUCACUGACUCACUGGCUACGAACCGCUUUCUUUUUUCUUUAGACACAGAUGCCAUUUAUAACACUGAGGAUUCUAGGUGCUCUUUGCAUUUUUGCUGAAUUUGGAGCUACCACAAUGCGCCAGGACAUCGAAGGUUCUUGUCCCCUGCGUGCACUACAGGAGAUAAACCAAAGGCAGCCAGCUACUCUGGGCUAGAUUGCAGUCGUUUCCGUGUACGGUGACAAGGCUUAACAUGCUUCCACUGAAAGGCACACAGAAAAGACGACAAGAGAUUGCAUCUGUGACAGAUCCUCCCCUCUUGCACAUCCAUGUACAAUAGCAGUGAAGUUCCUUAUUUCUAGCGCAACAGCAGGCUGCAGUGUCUGUUCUAUUUAUGGCCAGCAGGUACUGUUUUACUCACAGACAAAAUCCCUAGCUGCUGCUAACAAAGUUCAUCAAGUCACACCACAGAAAAAGGAUGUAGGUUGCUCCGAAAGUAACGCCACCUAUUUACUUGCAUGGAAACAACAGAUGCGAAGAGCACAAGAACACUGUACCAGGCAGAAGCAUCAGCGCAGCACCCCUCGGGGCCUCGCCGGGCUCCCCCACCCAGCCCAAGACAUGGGGGGCCUGCGAGGUGGGCGGGUCCGCACACCCUUCUGUGACACAGCGGGGCAUUACAGUGAGGCUCAGCUGUAAGUCCCUCUCCCCAGCGAGGCCUGGGAAGUGCCAGGGCUGCUCUUGCCAGUGCCGCUCUGCUCCGCAGGAGCUGCUCUGCCGGCAGGAGAAGGCCAAGGGAGCCUGUGCGAGAGAGUGAGACGCUGCUUGCCAAGAGGCAGGGAGCAGGAGCAAGGGAGCGAGCACUUCUUCCCCAACUGCUGAACAGCAUGUUGACUGGGGUGUUCAGAUACCUGCUCUUAACACCCUUGAACCCCGAGGAGGUUUCGCUACUGAAGGACCUCACCACCUCAGAAAUCUGCAAAGUGUGGGAAGCCACUUCAAAAUACAUUCGGAGGCAGCUGCUGGAGAAGCGGGCGGUGGAUAUUGGAAUCGGGAGCUUUGCAGUUGUGCCAACUCGAGCCGCUGCUGGACAGGAUGGGGCUCUGGAAGUAGACACACCCGUUUUCCAGCUGAACCAACACGUCCAGACAUUUUACAACCUCAAGGAUUCUAAGACCAAAAUUCCUUCCGAGAUAUUCGAACAUCCGCUGAACUUCGAGGAGAUUGCUCAAACCAUCUACUUCCGCCCGCCAAUCGUAGAGCAGUGCAUCCAUGAGACCCUGCUCUUCUUUGCCGAGGCCCUCCGAGGAAAGAAGGAAGUGGACUUCUUGUUCAGGAGGCUUGGCAUUCUUUCUCUGAGAGGGCGACAGGUCACCAUGAACUUCUUUGACGACUGCGCCCUGGAGCUGGAUGCGACGGGCAACAUGCUGCCAGCUCUUCUCGGGGACUCCGAGAUGAUGAACAUGAUUGCCUUUCGAGGCAAAAGCAAAUUCACUCGACGCAGCGUGGACGGCUGCAUCGUGCUGCCAAGGCUUCAAGUUGAGGGCUCAAAGACUUGCCAAGAAACGACAUCCGUCAAGCCCCAGAGAGAGCUGCAGCCGUGGGUCGGGGGUGCCCGAAGAGUGAGUGUGUACGAUCCGGUGAUGCUGGCUCGGCGCAGGGUAUCUCAAGUGGUGAGGGUAGAGAAGAAGCAGAAAGAGGAGGAGAAGAAAAAGCAAAGAGUCCGAUUCAGGUUCCUGCCACAGCUUGAGCAGAUGUACAUGGAAGAGCUGAAGCAGCCAAAACCUCCAGCUCAGCCGGGGCCCUCCGCCAGUGCCCAGCAGGCCUCCAAAAUGGCAGCGCGCUCGGUGCGCGCUCAGAUCGAAGAGAGACGGCUCCGCGUGCUGAUGGCCUCCAAGCGCAAGGAGGUCAAAGCCGAAAUCCAGAGCCAGUGCAGGGAGUGCACACGGCGGCAGAGCGCGGAGAGAAGCCAGGUACAGUGUGCAUUGACAGCCCUCAGGGACAG